GUUGUGGGUAGUUAUUUCACCGCCCUUCGCGUGGGGGGCCGCUCCAGCUGAGACCGUAAGUGUGUUUAUGUUCCGCUCUGCGUGUGUGCGUGUAGAUAUUUGUGUGCGAGCUGCUGAUAACGCGAUCAGGCAACGCGCGGUGACGCCUUGAUUCGGUUCUUAUUUCUUUGUGAAAAUCAGAAGCAGAGCAAGGAAUGGCUAACAAAUCCGUGCCAGCGAAGAAAGUACUCAACUCAUUCCAGCCAGCUAUCACCAGCGACAUGGUCAACAAAUUGCAGCUGACGCCUGAGCCCGGGGCGAAGAUUUCGGGGCUUCAAGAUGGAAGCGUGGCUGCGUGGCGGUCCCCCCAGCUGAUGAUCGUCUUCGAGGACGGCGAUUUGCACUCCGCCCGGCAGCACCUGCUCGACUCACUGCAAAACCCGUUCGCGGAGGGAGCCGUGGCCACGGUGCUGGUGCAGGAGAGCGUGCGGGAUCAGUUUGUGGGUCUGGUGGCACAGAACCUCAAGCGACUGGAGUCACAGGUGGCCAGCCAUCCCAGCUACAUCCGCACCCUGGCCCAGAUCGAGCUGCUCAAGGCAAAUGUGAUCAAAGCUAAUGGAGAUGUCGAUGUCCCAGCCAAUGCAUCGCCUCUGCUGGUGUCAGACUUUAUAAGCAGCUAUCUUGGGCAGCAGGGCCCUACUGGUGCCAUCACCCUGCACACCUUCCGCACUGCGCGCGAGGCCACGCAAGUGAAUCUGAAGGAGUCGGUACCCUACACCCGGGUCAGCAUUUGGAACGAGAAGCUGGCUUGUGCUUACGAGGUGCUCGGCCACCUGGCCGUCGACAUCUUCACGAUCAACUGUUUUAACCCGGACCUCAGCCCCAUCCGACAGGCGUUCGUGGACAACCGAAACGAUGUUUGCCUGGUCAAGGGCUAUCACUACGAGACGCUGACAAUAAACUCUAAGCGCCGGAUCAUAGUCUUCCCGGUGGGCACCAUGUUUGCCAACUAAUUUGGAUCUGCAGUUGGACUUGGAGCCGACUCCUAUUCCUCAAGGUGUUUGAUUAAUUAUGCCAUAUGUUCCCCUUUUGUAACUGUUUUUUAUACUAAUAAUUGUUCAAUACACGCGUUGCAUGACCGAA